AUGAACGCCCACUACACGUUUCCAAAUACCUCCAACGUGUCCUCUCCGAACUCCAUCUCUCCUCCAUCAUCUGUAUCUUCGGACUACACAUUGACUCCCAAUCCUCCAUCACCUAGUUUUCCGGGAGAGUUCGACAUGCUCGAGCAACAUUCACUGCAUGCUCAGCAACCUGGCUAUGCGCAAGGAAUACGCAGCACACACAACAGCGAUCUUUAUACUGCGCUUCAAUACCAUUCAUCCAGUCGCGUUCCUAGUCCCGGCUCAGCAGUGCUCACGGACUUUGACUUCGCUAACUCGUUACGCACGAUCCGCGGCUCGCGCGGUGACGACGCGGAACCGAGCUCGGGAGACGGGCCGACGGAGAGUGAAGCAGCAGUCGCGGAAACUAUUGUUCGCGCUCGCAAGAGUUGGAAGACUGUUAAGGGCCGUUCGGAACCUGUAUGGCCUCCACAUCUGGAAAAAGCACUUGUACAAGGCCGUUUCCCGAAGCGCAACCGCUACAUCUCCGACUACAUUUAUAACUUGACUGGAAUAAGGCGUAGUCCAAAGCAAGUCGGUAGCCGACUUCAGCAAUUGAAAGACGUUACCUGUGGGAAAAUGCUCCUAAAUCACGUCGCCAGCUGGUCACUUGCGUCCACUCCUUCCAUGAACGAUGCAACUGUGUCUCCAGCUAGUAUUCACCCUAAUUUGAGUGAUAUCAUUGGAGACUCCAAUGACCAUGGGUCAGGUGUGUUUAAUCUUAUCAUCGGGCCUGUUAUUAGUUUUCACUGA